AUGGAAGCUGCUGCUCUCAAGAUUGAAUUCCAUUUCAUCCCGCCACACGCUCCCACAUUUGGUGGUCUGUGGGAAGCGUGUGUUAAGUCCUUCAAGCACCAUAUGCGCAGAAUCGUCGGCAACAAUCAUUUGUCAGCCGAAUCAUUUACCACCGUUCUAGCCCAAAUAGAGGCCUGUUUAAAUUCACGUCCUAUAACUCCGCUAUCAUCAGAUCCAAAUGAUCUGCAAGCCCUAACGCCGGGACAUUUCCUGAUAGGCCGCCCACUGUUAACAGUUCCUGAGCCCAAUCUGGAAAUCCCCGAGAAUCGUCUCGACAACUGGCAGAAGAUUCAGCGCAUAACACAACAUUUUUGGAAACGUUGGCACGAGGAGUAUUUGUCCACCCUACAAACUCGAUAUAAAUGGACAACUAUGAAUCCUAAUCUUCUCAAUGGAUCGAUUGUGCUGAUACGCGAUGACAACCUACCGAUUGGCCGAUGGUCGAUGGGAAGAGUGGUGGCCACUCACCCAGGACAAGAUGGACUAAUACGUGUUGCUACCGUGAAGUUGCCAAACAGCGUCAACUUAAUCAAGAGGCCCAUCACGAAGCUAUGUCCUCUACCAAUAGAGAUAGACCCCGUGACUGCAGCAGAUCAGCCAACGGCCAUCCCUCAAUAG